UCGAGCCCAAGGGGGGCUGCACAAGUGUUUGGGAUUUGGGACUGGGCCGGUGGGUGGGAUUCCCAUUGGCACUUCCUGUGGGAUAACCCUGCCCCCCCCACAUGGCAGAGAGGGAAGUUUUAGUGCACACGGAUCUGCUCCCUGGUCUCAGCUCCCCGGUCAGAGAUACUGCGGCGCCUGUUCUGCUGCCGAUAUGGACAAAAGGCGACUUACCAGUGAUACCCAGGAUUCCCGGCUGCUCAGUUUCCCAGUAGUUAGACUGGAAAGGAUAAAGAAUGAUUCUGGGAAAUAUCAGCCGAUAUCUGAAGAAUUGCAGAAGAUGGAGCAAAGGAAAAUGAGUGGCCUUCCCCAGAAGAACAAGGAGGAGAGGAGGAGACUCAGUGCUGCUGGAUACAGACUGGUUCCAUAUGGAUCAGGAAUCACAGAGAUGAACAGGGAGAGGAGAGAAGGGCUUGGAGCAAGGAAGCAGACAGGAAGUGACACAAACAGGAAGUCCCCUACAUGCAAUGGCUUUGUUGCCAGAUCUGCCCACAGUAACCAACCUCCGGUGCUUCAGAAACCUCACGCCCAGGAGAUGAAUUCUGCCCCAAAAGCCCAACAGAACCAAAUGCCCCAACUUUGCACAGUAACUGGGGGGAAGCUGAUUGUAACCCCCAAAUUAACAAAACACACACAGCCUGAUGCUGAGGAAAAGCUACAUGGAAGUCAGAAAAAGCGAACUGAUAUUUCAGGGAAAAACCUAAAGCCAGGAAAGGCCCAAAGCACAAAGCAAACUGUGUUCCCUAAACCAUUUGGGGUUAUAAAUCCGUUUGCCUGUGUUAAGUGCAAGAGAAGGUUCGGCAGCAAUGGGAACCUCCUCAUCCAUCAGCGCAUUCACACAGAGAGACCGUUCUCUUGCACUGAUUGUGGGAAAUGUUUCUCCCACAGAACCAUCCUCCGAGAGCACCGCCGGGCUCAUAUGGGAAAGGGACCCUUCCCCCACAGCACUGGGGGCAAUAAAAUCCCAUCAGGUAAGGGCAACUUUCAGAGGCACCAAGGGGCGAGUGCUAAAGGGAAACCACUUACCUGCACUGAGUGUGGGAAAUCAUGCAGAGAUAAAUAUGAUUUGCGCGUACAUGAACGCACACACACCGGGGAGAAACCUUAUGUUUGUACCCAAUGUGGUAAAGGCUUUUCCCAGAAGGCGAAUCUUAAUAAACAUUCAGUUAUUCAUUCUACAGAAAAACCUUAUUCCUGCACUGAGUGUGGGAAAAGCUUUACAAAACAAGAAUCCUUAAAUCAACACGGUCACACUCACACUGGGUUAAAGCCAUACGCCUGUACAGAGUGUGGGAAAUGUUUUGGACAAAAGGAUGGACUGAAAUACCACCAAUCUAUCCAUACUGGGGAGAAACCAUUUCAGUGUACAGAGUGUGGGAAAAGCUUUCCAUCUCAAGCAGCGCUUAAUAGUCAUCAACGCAUUCAUACAGGGGAGAAACCAUUUCAGUGUACGGAAUGUGGCAAAUGCUUCUGUUAUAGACAGUCUCUUACAGCUCAUCAGUGGAUUCACACUGGGAUUAAAGCUUUUGGAUGCACCGAGUGUGGGAAACAGUUCCCGGCCAAGCGCAGACUCCAGCAGCACCUGAUGAUUCACACCGGUGAAAAGCCGUUUGUCUGUACUGAGUGUGGGAAACAGUUCCUGGCCAAGCGCAGCCUCCAGCAGCACCUGAUGAUUCACACCGGUGAAAAGCCAUUUGUCUGUACUGAGUGUGGGAAACAGUUCCAGGUCGGGCUCAGCCUCCAGCGGCACCUGAUGAUUCACACCGGUGAGAAGCCGUUUGUCUGUACUGAGUGUGGGAAACAGUUCCUGGCCAAGUGCACCCUCCAGCAGCACCUGAUGAUUCACACCGGUGAGAAGCCGUUUGUCUGUACUGAGUGUGGGAAACAGUUCCUGGCCAAGCGCACCCUCCAGCAGCACCUGAUGAUUCACACCGGUGAGAAGCUGUUUGUCUGUACCGAGUGUGGGAAACAGUUCCUGGCCAAGCACAAACUCCAGCGGCACCUGAUGAUUCACACUGGUGAGAAGCCGUUUGUCUGUACCGAAUGUGGGAAACAGUUCCUGGCCAAGUCCAACCUCAACCUGCACAUGAAGAUUCACACUGGUGAGAAGUUGUUUGUCUGUACUGAGUGUGGGAAACAGUUCCUGGCCAAGUGCACCCUCCAGCAGCACCUGAUGAUUCACACCGGUGAGAAGCUGUUUGUCUGUACCGAGUGUGGGAAACAGUUCCCGGCCAAGCACACCCUCCAGCAGCACCUGAUGAUUCACACCGGUGAGAAGCUGUUUGACUGUACCGAGUGUGGGAAACAGUUCCCUGCCAAGCGCAGCCUCCAGCGGCACCUGAUGAUUCACACCGGUGAGAAGCCGUUUGUCUGUACCGAGUGUGGGAAACAGUUCCAGGUCAAUCGCAGCCUCCAGCGGCACCUGAUGAUUCACACCGGUGAGAAGCCGUUUGUCUGUACUGAGUGUGGGAAACAGUUCCUGGCCAAGUGCACCCUCCAGCAGCACCUGAUGAUUCACACCGGUGAGAAGCUGUUUGUCUGUACCGAGUGUGGGAAACAGUUCCUGGACAAGCACAAACUCCAGCGGCACCUGAUGAUUCACACCGGUGAGAAGCCGUUUGUCUGUACCGAGUGUGGGAAACAGUUCCCAGACAAGUACAAACUCCAGCGGCACCUGAUGAUUCACACCGGUGAGAAGCCGUUUGUCUGUACCGAGUGUGGGAAACAAUUCCUGGCCAAGUGCACCCUCCAGCAGCACCUGAUGAUUCACACCGGUGAGAAGCUGUUUGUCUGUACUGAGUGUGGGAAAAGCUACAGGCAGAAGAGCAGCCUAAAUAAUCAUAUGAAUUCUCACACAGGAGAGAAACCUUCAGCCUCUAGAGAUUGUGGCAAAUCCUCUGAAUCAGACACGCGUUUCACACAACUAUAAAGACUUGUAGGCCCCCCUGCCAAAAAAAUCCUUGCCGCCCCGAGGAGGAGUUGUGUCCAAACAGCUGAGCCCAUGAUCACCCAAGAUUCAACUGCUUUUUAAUGUAGCCACGUCAGUAGUGAUGAGCGAAUCUGUCCCAUUUCGCCAUAAAAUUCACGAAACAGUGAAAAAUUGGUGUUACAGAUUUGUUCCACUAAUUUUUUGUCGCCUGUGUCUUUUUUUGACGUGUCCGUGCCCUUUUUUCCCGUGAACGCAACUUUUUUUAAUGCGCAAUG